AUGAACUCACUCAAAAAACUAAGCCAUCCUAUGCUCGGUCGCACUAUCGCUGAUAUCUUUGAACAACUCACCACUAGCACUCUUGCUCAAUUCCAGCUUGAGCAGAAAAUAACCCCUGGCUCCACCUACGGGCAACUAUUUUACUCUACUUCGGUAGCUUUCACUGACACCGAGACUCAACAAGAGAAAAAUAUCCUCGUCAAGCUUUGUGGUUAUGGAUCUGCCAUUACUGCCUUAAUCGAAAAUCAUGUAUAUCUGGUGUCUGGACGGUUCAUUCCCCGGAACAUCAAAACUACACCUGUGUUCCAUUACGAUGCCGAUACCACCUUAGAUCUUGGCGAAACUACGCAGCUCUCUCAAUCAAUCGCUGGAAAAUCUACUGUCAUUGGCCUCGGGGUUGUUGUUUCCAAGAAGGAGGUCCUCGAUUCCGACGCAUCUUCUCCUGCAAAGAUAUUACAUGUCACGCUCCAACACACAGACUACGACCCGUUGACUAAAUCCCAAGUCCAAUUCAAGACUUUAUAUCAUGUCGGCGGUCGCAAGAACUUGGCCAAUACCUUUGGCCUGUUUCAAAUUGGUCGGGAGGUACUCAUAUCUGGCAACAUUGUGGGGUAUUCUGAAGACCUAUACAUGUGGAUUGUUAAUGCCAUAUCCGUAUCAGUAACCUCAGGAUCUCAAUCAGCGGUCAUCUCUACCUCGGAACUAGGUAAUAAAUCAAACUUGCCUUCCCGUCGACCAGGAUUGAUCUCCAUUGAGGACCGAGACAAAUCACCUCACAUAGAACCUGUGCCCGAUUCCAUCAAGAAACCUAAGCAUGCCCCUCCCACAACAGAGAUAGACUCCACCGUUGAUAAUGCUUGCGCUAAUCCUGGAGAGUCUGACAACUACUACGCUUCAAUCACUCCAACCACAGGCAAAAAAAGGACCCAAAAACAAAUCUUGGCUGAUGCCAAGCGCGCCAAGAAAAACCUCGGUUCAACUCCUCCUCUCUAA